AUGGGGAUGUGGGUCCUGCUGCUCCCGCUGCUGUUUGCAGCUGAGGCCCAGGCCCAGGGCACAGUCUGCUCCGUGAACAAGACGUCCCUCACAGUCAAGGAGAACACGAACCCCGGGGAGCCCCUCCUGGACAUCUACGUCCCCGAGGGCCAGCAGGUGGCUCUUGGACCCUCGUCCACCCUUUUUGCGUUUCGGAUCCAGGGUAAUCAGCUGAUUCUCAACGUGACCCCGGACUAUGAGGCGAACACAAUGCUGCUGGCUCACCUGGAGUGCAGGAGCGGGGAUGCAGUGGUGACUCAGCUGAAGGUGUUUGUGUCCGUGCUGGAUGUCAAUGACAACCCACCCAGGUUCCCCUAUGAGACCAAGGUCUGGGAAGUGCCUGAGGACACUCGGGUGAACACCACCGUCAUCUCAGAGACAGAAUUGGAGGCCCAGGACCGGGACAAAGACGAUGUCCUUUUCUACACCCUCCAAGAGGUCACCCUGGGUGCCAGCAGCUUCUUCUCCCUGAUGGGUGUGAACAGACCAGCACUGCGGCUGGACCGGUCACUGGACUUGGAGAGGUGGCCGAACAUGACCUUCCGGCUGCUGGCCCAGGACACACAGGAGGAGACCUCGGAGCCCAGCCACACAGCCACAGCCACCUUGGUCCUGGAGGUGCAGCCCGUCGACCUGCGGCCCCCCUGGUUCCUGCCCUGCAGCUACUCGGAUGCUUUUGUCUGCAUCCAUGCCCAAUACCGUGGGGCUGUGCCCACCGGCCACAGACUGCCAGGCCCCCUCAUCCUGCAUCCUGGGCCCGUCUAUGCUGUGGACGGGGACCGGGGCAUCAACCAGCCCAUCAAGUACAGCAUCAUCAGUGGAAACGAGGACAGCACAUUCUCCAUCAGUGCCGACUCGGGCAACCUCACCAUGACCAAGAGCAUCCCCAACGCCAAGACCUUCCUUCUGGUGGUCAAGGGCGAGCAGGCUGAUAACGCCCGAUACUCCGUGACCCAGGUCACGGUGGAGGCCCGGAACGCCAACGGGAGUGUGCCCCACUUCACCCAGAGCCUGUAUCGUGGCACUGUGGGGCUUGGCUCCGGGGUGGGCGUGGUCAUCAAGGAUGCAGCUGACCCCUCCCAGCCGCUGAGGAUCCGGGCCCAGGACCCUGAAUUCCCAGACCUCAACUCAGCCAUCACGUAUCAAAUCACCAACAACUCCGACUUCCGAAUGGAAGGAGAAGCGGUCCUGACUGCUGCCUCACUGGAGUAUGCCGGGGUCUUCUAUGCCGAGGUCGAGGCCAAUAACACAGUGACUUCAGGCACAGCGGCCACGGUCGUGGAGAUUCAGGUCUCAGAACAGGAGCCCUCUCCCACAGGCCCCCCCACGUCCCCAGAGACGGCAGGAACUAACAGACCCUCAAGCAGCACCACUUUGGAAGUCCCCCGACCCCCUGAGCCUUCUCAGGGGUCCUCCACGACCAGCUCCGGAGGAGACGCGGGCCUGCAGCCCUCCUCAGGCACCACUCUGGGGCCACCAGCCUCCUCCACACCUGGGGGGCCCCCCAGUGUGGGAACCAGCCCCUCCCCCCCCGCGGCCUCACCCAGCGGGGGCUCAGCAACCAGACCCUCAAGCGGCCCCACUUCAGAAGCCCCCCAGCCCCCUGAGGCCUCUCAGGGGUCCUCCACGACCAGCUCUGGGGGGGACACUGGCCCACACCCCUCCUCAGGCACCACUCUGGGGCCACCGGCCUCCUCCAAGCCUGGGGGGCCCCCCAGUGGGGGAACCAGCUCCCCCCCCACCACAGCCUCACCCAGCGGGGGCUCAGCACAGACCUCGAAACCAGGAACCUCUCCACCGACGUAUCCUGGGUCCAGCAGGAACACCUGGACCCCAGGGACAUCUGAAACAACCCGAACAGAAGGCAGGCCAGACGGAGGCCAGGCUGGGGACCGACGCUUCUCGGAGGCGGAGAUGGCGGUACUGGGCGGGGUGCUGGGCGCAGCGCUCCUCUUGGCUCUGAUCGCCCUCACAGUCCUCGUCUACAGGCACUACGGCCAACGACUCAUAUGCAGCUCUGGCCGAGUGCUGGAGCCGCAGCCUCAAGGCUUUGACAACCAGGCUUUCCUCAACGACUCCGACGACGCCAACUGGGCGCCGGCGCCUAGCCCUUCACCCAGCCACGCCCAGCCGGCGCCCCCGGAGCCUGAGCCCCCGGAGCCCGCGCCGCCCAGCCCUGAGACCCCGCGUCGGGUCCCAGAGGCCCCUGCGAUGGCCGCGGACGGGGGCAGCCCAGCGGCCGUGAGGUCCAUCCUGACCAAGGAACGGCGGCCUGAGGGCGGCUACAAGGCCGUGUGGUUCGGAGAGGACAUCGGCGCGGAGGCUGACGUGGUGGUUCUCAACACGCCCGCCUCGGAAGCCGGCGGCGCUGGCGACUCUGGCAGCGAGGGCAGCGGCGACGAGGCUGCGGAUGCCCAAAACGCGCCUGGUACCGACUCCGUUCACUUCUAA